AUGAGGGGCGAACUCAAUGAAAGCUGCACCCAGCGGGAGAGCAGUUCGGCGAAUGGAACUCUCCCCACUGGGAACAGGCCAGUGGCGGCCAAAAUAGCUGUGCUCAGCUUCGUCUUCGUCCUGGCAACUCUGGGCAAUUGUAUCUUCCUCUGCACCCUGUGGCGAAAGCGCAGGAAUAGCAGCCGCACCCGCCUCUUCCUCUUCCACUUGUGCACCGCUGACCUGGUGGUCGCUUUCUUCCAGGUGCUGCCCCAGCUCUUGUGGGAGGUGACCGACCAGUUCAAGGCCCCCAAUGCGGAAUGCAAAGCCGUCAAGUACCUGCAGGUCGUCGGGAUGUUUGCUUCCACCUACCUGCUGGUGGCGAUGACCCUGGAUCGCCACCAAGCCAUUUGCCAGCCCAUGACUGCCAUCACCAAGGCCUCCUGGCAGAGGUACCUAACCGUGGCCAUGGCCUGGAGCUUCUCGCUGCUCUUCAGCCUCCCUCAGGUUUUCAUCUUCUCCAUUGAAGAGGUGCAGCCACGGGUGUCCGAGUGCUGGGCCACCUUUGUCAAACCUUGGGGCCGGAAGACCUACAUCACUUGGACAGCUUUGGUCAUCUUUGUGAUCCCAACGGUCAUCCUGAUCAUCUGCCAAGUCAAAAUAUGCAGAACCAUUUACCUGACUGGGCAAACCAACAGGCUGAAAAGGAUCACAUUGACAGAAGCCAAUGUGCAGGGGGCACAAAAGCGCACUACCAAGCAGAUACCCAGCUCCUUACUAAAAGCACUGAGGAUGACGUUUUUAGUAGUGAUGCUGCACAUUCUUUGUUGGGCACCAUUCUUCAUUGUGCAGCUCUGGUCUGUUUGGGACCCAACUGGAGGACCUAUUGAGGGUACACCAUUUAUCAUCAUAAUGCUCCUCGCAAGCCUCAACAGUUGCACAAACCCAUGGAUCUAUAUGGCCUUCUAUCGUUACACAGGUGUGUCUGCAGAGGUGACAGAGGUGACACCUGACAGAGGUGUUGAAAGGGCUGCUGUACAAGCAAUGGAACCUGGUGAUUCAGAGGAAGUUGUUCAUACUUGGGAAAGAGAAGAAGUAAGUGGGGAGGCCACUGUGGAAGGAAAGUACUCUGUGACUUUAGAGGCAGGAGCUCCAUUAGUUCCAUCAACAUGUGGACAAUGUCAGGACUACUUCAACAUCAAAAGUGCAGAUGAACUUGGAGUUGCAAUUCUCAAGCAGUUAAAUCUUGCCCUGUGUGCAGAUAGCGGCAAGCAUCCAGUCAGUGCCAACUUGCCGGGACUGACCCUUACUCCUUCAGUGCAGGAUGUGCUGAACUCAUAA